UCAGACCUGUAGCCGGUUUAUGUGCCGCGAGGAGUGGGCCAACGAGAGCCACCGCUACGCCUACACAAUAACUUUGUUAACGCUACAAUACAUAUUCCCAGUAAUAUGUCUGCUGGUGACGUAUACUAUGAUUGUGUACAUGGUGUGGAAUCGAGCCCAGCCUGGUGAGGAAUACCACCUUAGGGAAGUACGCGCGCUGAACGCCCGAAGGAAGGUUAUCGUUAUGAUGAUCGCUGUCGUUACAGCAUUUAUGAUUUGUUGGCUGCCACUGAACGUUCUCCUACUAGUCGUCGAGCACCAGCCGGCGAUCGAGCAGUGGGCCGGCCUCCCGUACUUGUACCUGUUCUGCCACUGGUUUGCCAUGUCACACGCGUGUUGCAACCCCAUCAUCUACAGUUGGCUCAACGCGCGAUUCAGAGCCGGCUUCUGCCUCGGCCUGUCCAAGAUGCCAGUCAUCGGCAAGUGGAUCCCACACCACACUAUACUAGACGCUGCCGACCUCGUGGCUGGCCGUUCGAGGAGGCCUUCCCUGAGACCAGACCUGGCGGCCCAGCAGCGCCCCCUCGCCAACCGCGCGUCGCGCCCGACCGCCGAUUCGCCGUUGGCUACAGACGCCACGUUCCGCUUUCCGGAGACGCAGCAGGCGGCCCCUGCCCUGCGCCGCUCCCGGUCUGUAGCGAGCAGCUCGAGGCCCAGAACAAGGAACAGUACCGAACAGCCCUUAACAGAUUUGGACAUAGGCGCGAUCUUAACACCGCCCUCACGCCCGCUACUCACUCGACAGAGCAGCGUACCACCUCAACGAGCUCUCUGCCAGUACCAGGAUAUUGAAGACGUGACUGAGGUCGCAGAGGCCGACCAGCAGUGGAUGUUUGCUCGUGUAUACGGUCCCAGCACCAGUCGUGGCUCGGGGCACGUCUCACGUCGCGCCACCUCCGCGCCAUCAGUGGAGACUACGAUCGAGAUGCAGAACAUGCACCGCAGCAGGCGUGACGCCGAGUCCUCCUCGCCGCAGGCCCGAUCGUUUUUCAUAAGGCAGACCGCACAGCAGGGCAGUAUGAAUGGUUCAGUGACGGCGUCUCCUCACCGCCGCAUGUCCCGCAGACUGACGGCAUCGGCACGUGACGAGCAGCUGAGACGCCACGCGCAGGACUUGGCCUCCCUGGCGCGCAGCAGCUCUGACUCUCAGAGUCCUUCCCCACGUCCUGCUCGAGUGUCUCUCCGGAAGUACAAGUCGGUGCGCAAUGCACAGCAACGGGGCGGCGACGAAGCCUCUGCUACGCUGCAGAUUGAAAGCAGCUCAGAUUCAGAGAGCUCUGUCGUGCGCUUUAUUAGACGCAUUGCAUGCAGAAAGGAAACAGAGGCCGGAAUGGAGACACGACGGGGACCUCAGGCCGAGUCGUUGCCUCCACCUCCGCCUCCGCCAACGCGGACCAACUCAAUCGGGCUGCCAGCCGUUUGCUUCGAUCUCCAGCGUCCGGCUCCAGCAAACGACUUUCAAGGACACCUGGAACACGCUUUGCGGACGGUUGCCUGACGAACGGUUGCCCUCAUAGGUCGUUCCGGACCUGAGGGACAGCGCCUAACCUUCAACUCGCUGACCACGCACAUCGAGGAGGCUGUCGAGCAAACAUGCCUCGAAUACGAUAUGAGGAGGCGUCGCAGCGAGGGGGACCGUAGGUGCCUGGAGUGCCUCGAAGCACAGCGGCAGGCGCUGUGCGCCAGUGCCGGCAGCGCUGGGAGCGUGCAGCCUGAGCCCCAGCAACCACUGCGUAGACCU